GCAGCACGCCUCUGGGCUCUGCAGUUCUUUCCACAUUUCCCCUGAAGGAUACACGAUGGAAGCGGCUGCAGGGUACCCCUCUGUUUUUGUUGUGGAUCCAACACUAAGGGACGUUCCCUUUGUGCCGCCCAGACGGAGGAGUCCGAAGACAUGUCAAGCUUGUCAGCUGUUCUUGGGAUUCCUGGUGCUGCUGGUGCUGAGUGGCUUAACCAUCCAAGCCUAUCUCCUGAUUUCCUUUCGCAAGGAACUGGACACAGCAAUGGCACAGGGAACAGCCAACGCGACUGCUGAAAAAAUUAUACAAGCUCCACCCAAGCUUCCUCUCAAAAGACCAUCUGCUCAUCUGACACUAGAACUCCCUGACACUGCGCUUAUAGAUGGAGUCCUGCAGUGGGAACAUCAGAACGGGCUUGCCUUUCUGCAUGACAUGGACUACAAAGCUGGUUCACUGAUUUGCAGCAAGUCUGGCUACUACUAUGUCUAUUCCAAGCUCAGCUUGAUGUAUUCAAGCUGUCUAACCAAACACCAGAGAAAUUCCCUUUUCACCCACCACAUUUACAAAAGGACACCUCGCUAUCCUGAGAAGAUAUUACUGCUGACCAACUACAUUACCUAUUGCAACUCUAAGGACAGUGAACAGUGGCACGGCAAUAGCUUCCUUGCUGGGAUGGUGUAUCUAGAAGAGGAGGAAGAAGUGUUCAUCAAAAUAACAAAACAGGAGUUGUUGUUGUACAAGGAUGACUCAGUAUCACAUUUUGGCACCUUCAUGAUCUAAAGGCUGUAAGGCUGUGCACAGACUUGAUUUUAGUUGAGCAAUGAGAAGGACCCCUUCCUUGUACCGUAGUGGGGUCAUCUCUUAGUGUUGCUUCAGACAUUUUUCAAAUAUAUUGAAGGAAGGGCAAGAGGUCUGCUCAUUUUUUAGAAGGAAAAAAAAUGUUUGAUCAACUGUUGGCUGGCCAUGACCAAAAUAAAAAAGGGUGAAAAAAUAUUUGGUGUGGGAGGGAGGACAUAGGAGAACUUCUAUUUCUUCAAAGAGUUACCUGACAUUUCUUUGGCUGGACUGUCCAUUAGUCACCCAUGACUGGCAUCCCAAGUGAAUGCCUGUUUUAAGUAACAAGUGCACUUAUUUGGAGGGUGGGGAGGGAUAACGCUAUUUUUAAUACAUUAUUAUUAUUAUUUGAAAUGCUGUAAAAUCCUGCAAAGUCAGUCUGUAAGGAGUCAUGGUGGACAAAGAAAAUGAGAUGACAAUGUAACACCACCGCAUGGUCUCUGAAAAGCUGCUGUAUGUACAGGAGCCUUUCCCCACUUGGACCUACCUACAGCAUAAACUUGCCCUGGCAGUCUCUAUGUUCUUCCUUGUCCCCAUGGUCUUGUUCCUUGCCUUGGUCUUGUUCUCAGCAGCCCGGCACCGAGAAAGCCUUGGAAUGAUGUUUUCCUCUCUUAUUUUGAUCCUUCCAGAGUCACUCUUGGAGUGAAGUCAGGGAAACUACCUGUGAGUGGAAACACAGGUAGUUGUGAAAAGUAAUAAAGGCAGGACAGGGAUGGACUCUGAGCAGAGACCCGUUCUGCCUGGGGGGACUUAGAUGGGUGGACAGCACUUCAACUCAGCAGUAGAGAGAGGCCCCUAAAUUCAGGAUCAAGAUUUUGAAGGGCUUACUCAUGAGUCACUUCAUCUUGAAUAGAUGAACCACAUUCCAGAAUGGCCGUUUUAUAGUUAUACUGACACAGCAUUGUUGAGCCAAGGAGCUUCCUGUGUUGGUGAUUGUUGCUUAUCACUGCAGUGAAACGUCAAAUGUAAGCUAAGCUUGAAUGACUGGGCAGCUUGCUGACUAUGACAUGGGUCCUGUAGUCAGGAAUAAAUCCAUUCCUUUAUUAUUGGCUUCAAAGCCCAGGAAGCCAUUUAGUACUUGGAUAGACAUUGCCACUAUGAGCCUUUAGGCCUUAUUUAUUCUCUGAUGCUUCUCCCUCACCUCCUACUAAAGGACCUUGGAAGGGGUUUUUAUAUUAACCAUUCUCUUCUACGAAUGCCUAGCUGCUUUUCCUUCUGCACAGUUGCUGCAUUAACAUAGGAAUAUCCAUAUAAUGGUAUAGGACCACAUGAUUGUGUUAGUACUGUAAUGCCCAAAUAGGGCAGUAUUUCCUGGAUUAGUCACUGGCUCGUGCUACCCAAUCAGGAAUUAUGUACUAAACAGGGUAAAUCCUGCCAAACCAUGUGAACAAUCAGAUUUGAUUACAUUAUAUCCCUUAAGGAAAAGAGGACUAUAUAACGAAACAGAAGCAUUCAAAUAUCAUUGAAAGCAGAAGAGAUGUGAUACUUUUUGAAAUAUGGGUGCAUGGCUACCUUAAUAGUGAAGGUAUGAUUAAAAGUAAAACUUCUCUAACCAAAAUGACAUCUGCCUUAGUGCUCCAAAAAAUCAUUCUGCCUUUUGUUAAAUAAGAAGGUAAUGCAUUAAUUCCCAAUCCUGUAUUGAAUGAGAUCAUUAUACAUUGGCCUAAACCAGGCUCCUAGAGAAGGGCACCAAGCAAUUUCAAUGGAACAGCUACUGUAUGUGUCUGAUAAAAUAAAAUUCCAAAGAUUAAUGUGUCAAAUACAUUGUUUAUGGGCCUGCUGUGAAAUAGGACUUGAAAACUAGAGCUAUGAUAGAGUAUGGCAGCCAGGGAUGUGUCCACACUAUA